UAUAAUCCUAAGUCUACCAUUGUCUUCACCACCUUUAAACACUUGCACCGGUACAGCGAGUCACCAUACUUCAACAGCUUCACAUAGUCUUUUGCAAUCUUACCAAUAAGAUUCCUGGCGGCAUUGAUCUAUCCAAGUGAAAGCUUGUAAUGGUCUUUGUUGUAGAGCACAUGGAGGAGACCUCCGUAGAACGGGUGAAUAUCAUUGAGGCAAAGAAACUCAUCAAUAAUGGUAGAGAGCUUGUCAUGGAAAUUUUGUUAAGUGUACUUCACUUAUUUUGUAGACGGAAAAUUGCAUAUUCUUUGUGCACGACGGUUGGUGUCUGGCGCUGGGUACGGGAGAUGACGGUGAUGGUGAUGGUGAUAGCAAUAGCGAUGGUGGUAGUUGAGGAUGAAAGUAGUGGUAGGAUUUAAGAUUGGAGGAGUGGUAGUGUGGAGUAAAAUUAGAAGUUAGAGUUAGAUUAUAUUAGAGUGUAGUUUGAAAAUUUUAUUUAAUUUUUUAGGAUUUGGAUAAUUUUGUCUGCAAAAGUCUAUUUUUUAUGAGUAUAACUUCAGUUUUCGUCUUUCAUGGGUAGGAAUGUCAGCUUCCGAAUCUUUCAUGGUCAAAAAUGGCUAUUUACUCUUUAAUAAAAUCAUACUCGAAAAUCGGGUAAACUAUUAUUUCCACCAACGAAAGUUCUAAAUGCUGACAAAUCUACCCAUGAAACAACAAAAUUAAAGUUGUACCUAUGAAAGAUGGACUCCGUACGACAAAACUAUCCAAAUCCUAAAAAAACUAUCUAAAAACGGGUUUACACUUAAAAUCGUCCUUGAAAGAUCAUGCGCUCUCCAUUUUCGUCCCCGAAUUAUUUUCGUAAUCAAAUUAGUCCCUGAAUGAAUAAUUUUAAAUCACGUUCGUCCUUCCGUUAACUUCGCGACACUGCCGUUAAAAAUCUGCUGACCUGGAACGUGAGCUAGCAGCCCAUCCGACCAAACGUUGUCGUUUUGCACCUCAAGAGUAUGCAAGUUGUGAAACACCACCGUUUUAAAAGUAGAGAGUGUAACAGUUUGCACUUUGUCUCCUAAACAAGUCCUCAUUUGUUCUUCUUCAUUCUCACCGUGACUCCCUGUUUCUCUGACCUAUAAGCUACCAUCACGAAGACGAAGAAGACCGCGCCGUCAUCCGCAACCAUUAGAGUAGUUGUGGAGCAUUGUUUGUGCGUCAGUUUUGGAGCUUGGUGGGAAUCUUGAAGGCAACGACACAACGUUGUUUCUGUGUUUGACGUGAGAGGCAAAAUUUUUGUAUCUUGUAAAAAAAAAUUGGUAAUACUAUGUAAACUAUUAGUUUUCCCAUUAUAUGAUUGAGUCAUGGUGAAGAAUUUGUUAGUGCAUAGGGUUUAGGGUUUUAUCCUAGGGUUUAGUUUAUGAUAUGGGUAACAAUGGCAAGACUCUGUUUUUGUGGCUUCGAAAAAUAAUACAUGUUGUUUGUGCUAAUGAAGUAAUGGUUACCGAUUUAGUUGUUGUGUUGGUGAUGAGUUAGUGUUAUGCAUAUUCUGUGUUAAUUUUUGAUAUGGUUUGGAGGCAUUGAUAGUCGUAGAUGGCUUGCUACAUUGACUUUUUUUUCUUAAUAUUGUUGUUUGCUAUUAUGUAGAUGGACGGUCUUCCGAUGACAUUCAUAUUUCAUCAUGGUGAAAAUUUUAAAAAUAAUGAGAAAGGAAGUAGAAUUUAUGAACCAGGUAAUACAGAAGUCUUGAUGGGGGUUGAUGGAGAUACUCUUGAUGUGUUUUUUGUUAAAGGAUACUAUAAAGAACUGGGAUAUGGUGGGGGGCAUAUGUUGGUGGAAAGUUCCUUGGUUGUUGCUUGAGAGUGGGCUGAGAAAGUUGGAGACUGAUAAAGAUCUGCUUAAAAUGUGUAAGACUUAUAGAAGGAAUUACAACUUCAUGAACAUAUUCUUUGAGCAUGGAGUUUCAGAGCCACACGUGGUAGAAUACAUGAGUGAGGAUGAUGAAGUGAUUCUGCCAAAGAAUGCCUCUUUGUUGAAGCUGCCCAGCACACAGCCUGCAACCCAAGUUACCAAAAAUACAUUCCAGCCCACAAAGAGCCACUCACAGCCAUCGAAGACUAACCUUCUCCACUCCCCUUCCAAAAAUAUAGCUAAAGCCAGUCCCACCUCUGCUGGACCCAAUCCUCAUCCCAAGAAAAUGGACUAUGUGCAGUCCAAUACAAGGUCCUCCCAGCCCACACAGAAGCCCAUUAACAAGCCCAAUUCUCAGCCCACACAAAAGCCCAAAUCCAAGCCCAAGUUCCAACAAAAAAUUUUCUCUCAACCUGCAAAAUCUUGCACUGAUCCUUUGAAACCUAUUGUUAAACCAAGAAGUGGCCAUCAACCUCCAAAGAAGUCACAUGCUCAAAAUAAGAACAAAGACCCUCUGCAAUUCGUAAGGUCUGGUCGACCUGUUAAACCACCCCAAUUCAAGAUGAUAGUGACUCUCAUGACUCAUAUGAGAGUACUGAGGACAGUCUGUAUAAAUCCACUAAAAUCUUGGGAGAUCUCAGUGACACUAACAGUGGCAAUGAUGACUUCAACAGUAGAGGGCCAAGGAAAACUGGCUGUGACUCAUGGCACUCGGAAGAUAUGGAUAAGGUGUUGGACUUUGAUGAAAAGGAAGCUACUGUAUAUCCACCAUACAAUGAAAAGGCAAAGUUUGAAAACCUCAAACUUGAGGGAUUAAUCCCAGCCAUGCAGGAAGUAAUGCCAAGAGUUCACCAUCAAUUUUGCGUGUGGCAUCUCUGGAGGAAUUUCUCAAAGCAGUGGGGGAGUAUACAACUGAAGGAGUUGGUGUGAGAAUGUGCUAGAUCAAGGACUAUGAGUGACUUUGAUAGAAACAUGAAGAGAGUCAAAGUGAUAAACGAAAGGGCAUGGGCUGAUUUGGAUAAGUGGCCGAAGAAAGCAUGGACUAAAGCUCAUUUUUAUGAGGGACUAAAAAUGGACACUAUUUGUAUAAUGCUUGUGAGUUGUUUAAUGCAAGGACAAAGCAUGAUAGGGCGAAGCCUAUCCUCACCUUGGCAGAGGAAGUUAGGAGGAUCAUAAUGAAGACCAUGAUCGACAAUAGGCAAAAACUGGCAAACUACUAGGGAAUUCUGCCUCUAAUGCAACAAAACAGGCUUGAGGCAAUGACAAAGCUUUCUCAGCAUUGGUCCCUACAAUGGAGUGGUGAUCAGAAUGAGGACUUAUACGAGGUUCAAGGCUGGCCAAGUACAAUGGUUGUUGACUUAGGAAAGCGUACUUGCACAUGUAGAUUCUAGCAACUGACAGGUAUCUUUUCUCAAUCUUUAUGUAAAUGUACUAUAUUAAUAAUGCAAAUUGGUCUAAAAAUACAACUGCAUGCACAAGUAUGCCUUAUAUGCAUGCCAUAUCAUAUAUACAAGAUAAGAAUGAUAAGAGGGUUGAGGAUUACUGCCAUAAGUGAUUAACCAUGGAAUCAUACUGAAAAACAUAUGCUUUCCAUUUAAUCCCAAUUAAUCCCAAACCAGGUAGACCCACAAAGAGCAGAAGAAAAGAUAAAGAUAAAGGAGGCUCUGGUUCCAACACAAGGAUGAAGAGAAAAUAUAACCCCAUCCGAUGCAUAUUUUAUGGUGGGUUUGGACAGAACAAGAGAACAUGCAAAUUGAAGAAAGAAGCUGAUGCUGAAGAAGAAGCAAGUUUAAUGCAACUGCAACUUGCAGUUUUGAUCCUAACACAGAUGCUCCAAAUGAACUCCCAAAUGAUGCUGCUCAUGUUGCCCCAGUUAACCCUGUUCCAGUUUUUGUUUCUCCACCACCAUUAUGAUCGACAGCAGCCUCACAGAUAGUCCUGAACCAACCGAAAGGAAUCCCAACAACCCAAGAAAAACAACCGUCACCACCCACUCAAGCUGUAUCGGUUUGAUUAAUUAAUUUAUUUUCAUUUUCAUAUACUUGAAUUUGUGGUUGUCUAUUCAUAUAUUUACUUCAUAUGUCAUGCAGGUUAAGGUGAGAGGAAGACCACCCAAGCUUCAUGUUUCCAAGGGAAAAGGAAAAAGGGCUAUCUCUCCCCAACCUGCUACAACAGCUGUAAUAAUUUCAAUUUUUGCUAGAAUAAUCAAAGGAUCUAGUGCCGUGACAACUAAGAAGCUUGCAAGUCUCAUGACCUUUGUACCGACUCCGGGGUUCAAACGGCCAAGGAAGAAAGAUAACACUAUCUGAAGACCAUCAUCAGAACAUAUGCUUUUUUUUUUGUAUAAGGCUAUAGAUUAGGAAAGAUAUCAUGGUGUAAAACACUAUCAAAUCUCACUGUUUUGUAAGGCCUUUAUUUUGAAUGUAUGUUUUGCCUUGGUAUGCAGUGUUUCUGAGAAAUCACUUUUAGUUUUAGGAACUUUACUAUCUUUUGUGGUGACAAACACAAUG